GUGCGUUUUCCGUGAAGUCGCGGCUGCAGCGGGUGGGCGGCAUGUCUGUGGCCGGUGGGGAGAUUCGUGGGGACACGGGGGGAGAGGACACUGCUGCUCCCGGCCGGUUCAGCUUCAGCUCGGAGCCCACGCUCGAGGACAUCCGCCGCCUCCAUGCUGAGUUUGCUGCAGAACGAGACUGGGAACAGUUCCAUCAGCCUCGGAAUCUCCUCCUGGCCUUGGUUGGGGAAGUGGGGGAGCUGGCAGAACUCUUUCAGUGGAAAACCGAUGGGGAACCUGGCCCCCAAGGCUGGUCCCCCAGGGAACGGGCAGCCCUUCAAGAGGAGCUUAGUGACGUCCUCAUCUACCUGGUGGCAUUAGCAGCCCGCUGCCGUGUGGAUCUGCCGCUAGCAGUGCUCUCCAAAAUGGACAUCAACCGGCGACGCUACCCAGCCCAUCUGGCCCGCAGCUCUUCCCGCAAGUAUACAGAAUUGCCCCAUGGGGCCAUCUCUGAAGACCAGGCUGUGGGGCCUGCGGACAUUCCCUGUGACUCCACAGGCCAGACCUCAACCUAG